AUGGGUCUGGGAUAUGGUGAUCCUAGUGAUGGUGAGAUCGAAAAAAUAUACCUAUCAAUUGAACAUGUACUCGACACUCUCGAUCGUGAUGGCCCAUUUGUGGGCAUUGUCGGGUUUUCGUCCGGCGCUGCCAUGGCAGCGAUCAUCACAUCUUUACUGGAGAAAAAGCCCAAUAUCUGCGACAUUACUUGGAAGCCACGCUGCGGCCUGAAGAGGAUGAGAGAAAUUGACCAGUCGUCCCCUUUAGGCGCGUCAUCCCAGCCUCAGCUUUUCUGUCUGUCUCAGCGGGUUCACAUUAGGACCACUGUCUACACUCCGCUGAUCUCUACACCGAUGUUAAUCGCUGUUGGAUCCCAUGAUCCAGUGGUUUUACCCACUCAGACCCGGAAUCUUGCAAGUCAAUGCCAGAAUGAAUCCACUAUGUCCCGCAAAGUAAAGAAUUUCCGCGGGUUUGCAUAUCCUCGCCCGGUUUUUGGACGAUGUGCUGGAACCUCCACGAAUGGAGCCACCAGCAUCAUUGGCAGAUGA